GCGGCCUGCUCUCGGAUUCUGUGGAUGCUUACGGAAAAUAGUGCCGUUAACUCAGGAGGCAAAUCUAAAUGUGAAGCUGGCGCGUGUGAAUCCAGAGUAAACGGUGAUGCCACAUCAGUGAUGGAUCUGAUGGCCGUGAGCACGUCUGCGACGGGUCAGGAUGAGUUUGACCGUAACGCGCCGCGCAUUUGUGGAGUGUGCGGAGACAAAGCCACCGGAUUCCACUUCAACGCCAUGACCUGUGAGGGAUGCAAGGGUUUCUUCAGGCGCAGUAUGAAGCGUAAGGCCAGUUUUACCUGCCCGUUCAAUGGAAACUGCACCAUCACUAAAGACAACCGGCGGCACUGCCAGGCCUGCAGACUGAAGCGCUGCAUCGAUAUCGGCAUGAUGAAGGAGUUCAUCCUGACGGACGAGGAGGUGCAGAGGAAGAAGGAUCUGAUCAUGAAGCGUAAAGAAGAAGAAGCGGCUCGAGAAGCUCGUAAACCUCGGCUGAGCGACGAGCAGAUGCAGAUCAUCAACUCUCUGGUGGAGGCGCACCACAAAACAUACGACGACUCGUACUCCGACUUCGUCAGAUUCAGGCCUCCUGUGCGUGAGGGUCCAGUGACGGAGUCGGUGGACACCAAGCUGAACUUCAGUAAUCUGCUGAUGAUGUAUCAGGACAGUGGCAGUCCAGACUCCAGUGAGGAGGAUCAGCAGUCCCGGCUCUCCAUGCUGCCGCACCUCGCAGACCUCGUCAGCUACAGCAUACAGAAGGUCAUCGGCUUCGCCAAGAUGAUCCCCGGCUUCAGAGACCUGACGGCUGAAGAUCAGAUCGCUCUGCUGAAGUCCAGCGCCAUCGAGAUCAUCAUGCUGAGGUCCAACCAGUCCUUCAGUCUGGAGGACAUGAGCUGGAGCUGCGGAGGACCAGACUUCAAAUACUGCAUCAACGACGUCACUAAGGCGGGUCACACUCUGGAGCUGCUGGAGCCGCUGGUCAAGUUUCAGGUUGGUCUGAAGAAGCUGAAGCUUCAUGAAGAAGAGCACGUGCUGCUGAUGGCCAUCUGCCUGCUGUCUCCAGAUCGUCCGGGCGUGCAGGACCACGUGCGCAUAGAAGCCCUGCAGGACCGGCUGUGUGACGUACUGCAGGCCUACAUCCGCAUCCAGCACCCCGGCGGACGCCUGCUCUACGCCAAGAUGAUCCAGAAGCUGGCGGACCUGCGCAGCCUGAACGAGGAGCACUCCAAGCAGUACCGCUCGCUGUCCUUCCAGCCCGAGCACAGCAUGCAGCUGACACCUCUGGUGCUGGAGGUGUUCGGGAGUGAGGUGUCCUAGCAUCCCAGAGCCCCCCGACCCGCUCUGCAGGACCCGCAGGACCCGCAUGCCGGAGCCAGAACAUCAAUGCGGCAAUGAGAGUGCUCUGGGGGCUGAGAAAAAGCCUGUGUGUGUGUG